AUGCAUAUAAACCUGCAGGACCGGCCUGCCAGGCGUCCCUACAGCGAGCACAUCAGGCCACAGCUGGCCUACUGGGUGCACUUCCAGGCACCAGGCUUUAGGGAGGCUAUCGGACCAAGAACUCAGCGGUGGGGCCGCAGGGAUGAACGGCAAGUCUAUCACACACCGUCAUUCUACCACCUGCCACCCACCACCUCGCCCCCUCCUCCUUGGAGCGUGGCCCCCUCUAAAGACGCAGCGCAGAUCACGCCGCUGAGCCCUCUGGGAAAUGGUGUCCGGGGAGCGCGGCGGCUCCUGCUCUUGGUCGGGCGCAGUGACGGAGAAGACUCCAUUUCCCAAAACUCAUCGGGAUCGCAGACUGGGCCUGUACCUCAGGCCCCGCCCCACCCCCCUCCUGGUUCCCGUGGACUUCGAGGAGUUUCGGACGUCGCCGUGCGCAGGCGCACUUCCAGAGGAGGCCGGAAGUUCUCCCCUUUCCCGCCUUGGUUCGCGCCCGGCUCUGCUGCCCAGGUGAGAGGCGGAGGUUGGUGUGUGGGUUUUCAAGGAACUUCCGCGUGCAACAGUGAGGGUGCCCGGGCUGCCCUGCGAAUUUCUCUCCGUGGGGGCACUGAGCAGGAGGAAGGAAUGACCUCUGAUCUCCUGUCAGUCAGAGCCCAGGAUGUGGCUGUGGACUUUACUCAAGAAGAAUGGAAACAACUGGACCCAGAGCAGAGAGACCUGUACAGGGAAGUGAUGCUGGAGAACUAUAAGAACCUUGUUUCCUUGAGAUUGGUAGUUUUUAAACCACAUGUGAUAUCCCAGCUGGAGCGAGGGGAAGAACCCUGGAUAUCAGAAGUCCAAGAAGUCAUUUGUCCAGAUUCCAUUACUCUGAAGACAAGGUGUGAAAACUUGGACCGGACUCCAAAUCAGGUAGUUUCUCUGGGAGAGUCUGCUAAGGAGAUAAUCACCAAGAAUGAUCCCUUUGCUUCCAAAUUGGGUGGAGCAUGGGAAUGUGAUGUCAGUUCAGAGAAGCAGAAGGGCAACUGGAAUAGACAAUUCAAGGAAGUGACAAGAAUUCAGAGAAAGACUAAUGAUGAGUUAAAUGAUCAUGAAUGUAACACAGUAGGGAGGAGGUUUAGUCUGGUGUCAGUCAUUAUUCCACCACAGAGACUUCCAGCAAGAAAAGUUCUCCAGAAAUAUGAUACACUCGAUAAGAACAUCAAAGAGUUUUCAGACCUAAAUAAAGAUACUGGAAUUCCCUCUUCUGUUUGUAAGUAUAGUAAAUGCAAGAAGUCCUUCACUUACCACUCAGAUCUUACUCAGAUUCAAAGAAUACCUACUACACAGGGAUCGUAUGAAUGUAAUGAAUGUGGGGAAUCCUUCAGUAACAACCCAGUCCUCAAAAAGCACUUGAGAGUCCACACAAGAGAGAAACCCUAUAAAUGUAAUGAAUGUGGCAAAAGCUUUAAGCUGAAGCACUCUAUUUAUGAACAUCAGAAAACUCAUUCUCAGAGAAGAGAGAGACCCUAUGUAUGUAAGGACUGUGGGAAAGUCUUCAGUUAUAAGUCUAUACUCUUGAUUCAUCAGAGAAUUCAUAGCAGAGAGAAACCCUACAAAUGUAAUGAAUGUGGGAAAACCUUCAAGCACAAGUACUUGCUUACUGAACAUCUGAGAAUUCAUACUGGAGAGAAGCCUUAUAAUUGUACUGACUGUGGGAAAACGUUCACCCAUAAGACAUCACUAUUUAUGCAUCAAAAAAUUCAUGCUGGAGAAAAACCAUAUAAAUGUACUGACUGUGGGAAAUCCUUUGCCUACCGGACAACACUUACUGAUCAUCAGAGAAUUCACACUGGAGAGAAGCCUUUUAAAUGUACUGAAUGUGGGAAAACAUUCAGCCGUAGGUCAUCAUUUCGUGCUCAUCAGAAAGUUCACACUGGAGAAAAACCAUACAAAUGUACCGAAUGCGGGAAAGCCUUUGCCCACAAGGGAACAUUUACUGACCAUCAGAUUGUUCAUACUACAGAGAAACCUUACAAAUGUAAUGACUGUGGGAAAACUUUUAGCCGGAAAGGCUAUCUUACUGACCAUCAGAGAAUUCAUACUGGAGAGAAGCUUUUUAAAUGUGUUGAAUGUGGGAAAGCUUUCAGCCUGAGGCCUUCACUUAUUAUGCAUCGGAAGAUUCAUACUGGUGAAAAACCAUACAAAUGUACUGACUGUGGGAAAGCCUUUAUCUACAGAGGAGCAUUUAAUGAACAUCAGAGAAUUCAUAGUGGAGAGAAGCCUUUUAAAUGUCCCGAAUGUGGGAAGGCCUUUGCCAGUAAGGGGAUACUUAGCAAACACCAGAGAAUUCAUAUUGGAAUAAAACCCUUUAUCUGUAAUGAAUGUGGUAAAGGCUUUAAGAAAUGCUACCGAUGA